AUUUAAAUUUUUAUUUCUAUAUUUUAAAAUUCCUUUUAUUCUUUGGUUUUACUGCUAAAAAACAUAACCAUAUUACGAUUAUACGAAUUUUAUUCCAAGGACCUAUUCUGCUCCCUUACCCCCAAUACCCCCAACUGGAUCAAAUAUAUGUACGCAUCCGAGUUACUCUUGACUCGUUUCUUUGGUAGAAAUGGACCGAUGAGUUGUUUUAACUACCGAGUCAGCUCACUCGUUCAAAAUAUUCCCCAGAUUUAAGGCUCGAUAUAUAUAUACACACACACUCUCGCCGGUUGCUACUCACUCCACACACACAAAUGGCUUCCUCCGCCGUCUCCGUCACCGGAAUCCGCCGUCCACACUUCCUCCUGGUGACUUUUCCUGCGCAAGGCCACAUUAAUCCGGCGCUCGAGCUCGCCAACCGCCUCAUCAGCCACGGCGCCACCGUCACAUUCUCCACCACCGUCAACGCCCUCCGCCGCAUGGGAACACCGCCCUCCGCCGUAGACGGCCUCUCUUUUGCCUGGUUAUCCGAUGGCUUCGACGACGGCGUCAAGUCCCCGGAGGACGGCAAGAUCUACAUGUCGGAGUUCAAACGCCGUGGCUCCGCCGCGCUGAGUGACGUCAUCGAUACCUCGGACCCACCCAUCACCGCCGUGAUCUACUCCAUACUCGUCCCUUGGGCCGCCGCUGUGGCGCGUGAGUUUCACCUUCCGGCGACGCUUCUCUGGAUCGAGCCCGCCACGGUACUCGACGUUUAUUACUAUUACUUCACUGACUCUUUUCGACACGUGUUCGAUAAGGGCGCUGACAAUGACCCCUCGGAUUCCGUAAAUUUACCGGGACUGCCACCGCUCGCCGCCGGCGACUUACCGUCCUUGAUCCAGCCGGAGAAAACUUUCCCGUCGGCACUAGUUACACUUAGGGAACACAUCGAAGCUCUCGAAUCGGAGCAAAACCCUAGAAUCCUCGUCAACACGUUCAGGGCACUAGAACCCGAGGCUUUGAUCUCCGUCAAGAAAUUCAGGAUGAUUUCAGUGGGUCCGUUGGUUUUCUCAGACGGAUCAUCCUCCGGCCGAGCGGAUCUUUUCCGGUCGGAUUCAGACGACGAUUACAUCAAAUGGCUUGAUUCGAAACCCGAAAAAUCCGUGAUCUACUUGUCUAUGGGCACUCACGACGACGAGUUGACGGCGAAAAACACGGCAGCGCUCGCGAUCGGCGUCCUGGGAACGAAUCGGCCGUUCUUGUGGGUCAUGAGAACGAAAAAUCCAGACGAGAAAAACGAAGCUCUGGAUCUGAUUCGAGAUGGAGACAGGAACCGAAGAGGAUUGGUGGUGAGUUGGUGUUCUCAGAUCGCGGUUCUGUCGCACGCCGCGGUCGGGUGUUUCGUGACGCACUGCGGUUGGAACUCGACGCUGGAGAGCGUCUGCGCCGGCGUUCCGGUGAUGGCGUUCCCGAAGUUCGCCGACCAGUACACGACGGCGAAGCUGGUGGAGGACACGUGGCGGAACGGCGUGAGGGUGAGGGAAGGGGAGGGAGGACACGUGGAGGGCGAGGAGAUAAGGAGGUGUCUGGAGACGGUGAUGUGCGGCGACGAUGCGGCGGAGAAGAUGAGUAGGAACGCGGCGGAGCUGAAAGCUUUGGCAGCGGAGGCGGCGGAGGAAUGUGAUGUGAAUGUGAAAGCUUUUGUGGAUGAAAUUGAAGGUUUGAAGAACUAAAUGUUACCGGAAAAGAUUUGACGAGGUUUAUAUAAUUAGAGAAUAAAAUAUUGGGGUUUAUUUGAAUUUUUUUAUAUUUUUAGGUAUUGGAAUCUAAUAUAAUAUAAUAAGUGUCUGAUUCUACGUUUUGUAUUU